CGAUAUCUGGCAACACUGCUGCAAUUGUUAAUCAUUGGAAAGUUUUUUUUAUGGAUUAAUUAAAUUACACUAUUUAUUUUUGACGGCACCUUAAACUAAACAGAAUAUUUGAGCUCCAACUGGCCACCGAUCCCCAGGGACGACACAAAGUAGGCGCCGCAAAGGGAGCCACACACAAAGAGUGCCAUCUAGCAAAGGAAAACCCGUUUCACGGCGUUCGGAUAUAUAGAAACAAGGGGCGUCAUAUAUCUCUGCCGACCGAUCUCCUGCCACUAUGAUGGUUGAGUCCGACGGAACUGCCGAUGCCACCCGCCGCCUAAACGUGAAGAAACAGACUCUGGACGACGCCUAUGCGGUGCCCGCCAACUUCCUGGAGAUAGACGUGGUCAAUCCACUGACCACCAUGGCGGCGGGCAAGAAGCGCUACACGGACUACGAAGUGCGGAUGCGGACUAACUUGCCCGUCUUCAAGGUAAAGGAGUCCAGUGUGCGGAGGCGGUACAGCGAUUUCGAAUGGCUAAGAAACGAGUUGGAGCGGGACAGCAAGAUCGUGGUGCCGCCGCUACCAGGAAAGGCCUGGAAACGGCAGAUGCCAUUCCGCGGCGACGAGGGCAUCUUUGACGAGAGUUUCAUUGAGGAGCGGCGCAAGGGCCUGGAGGCGUUUAUCAACAAAAUAGCCGGACAUCCGCUGGCGCAGAACGAGCGCUGCUUGCACAUGUUUCUCCAGGAGAACGUCAUCGACAAGAACUACGUGCCCGGCAAGAUUCGCAACACAUAAGCGGGGGACUCAUCCGGGACAAGCCUAAAAAAUAACUAAUAGCAAACCAUAGCAAUGCAAUGAAGCAAAAACUCGAACGAACAAACCCGCUACGAAAUCUUUGGGGAAUCUGUGUGUAUGUGUCGGUGCGCCUGGCGAGAUUGGAGCUGGAAAAGUGGAGACGGCACGAGACGAUAAGGAAGGAACGAAGACGAGGCGGAGCCGCGAAGAAAUAGAAGGAAUAUGUUUAUUUUUCAAAUGGAAGGAUGACGAAAGUGCUGCUGCUCAGUUAAUGUUGAGCCCCCUCUCACCCCCCGGGGGACUAGUUAAAAAGCAUUGGGAAUUUUUAAUGCUAAAUUCAAGUUUAUAACAAUAUACAUACAUAUAUAUAAAUAUUAUAUACAAUACAUAUAUUUACGACUAGUGUACAUAAUACAUGCCUACCGCGCCCGCCUCGCAAAAAGAGUCUUGGUCGUGGGAGCGAUCUCCCUCCCUGUCCGGAUUUCUACCGGUCCCUGUCCCGCUCCCGUUUUUCCGAUUCUCAGUUUUCUUGUUUUGACCCAUUGCGGCAGUAAUGAAGCAGCAAAAAAUUGGGAGCGAUCCCGAUCCAAAAAUCCGAUCCCUCGUACGUGUAUGCAAAUUAUUGAAUAUUUUGAAAAUGUUUAGUGAAUAAUAUUGUACUUCGAAUCAAAUUAAAAUAAUUCCAAAAAUA